GUGAGUUGUAAUAAUGACGAGACUUGGAAGCUCCGAUCUACACAUAAGUUCUUUUCUAAUAAUUUUGUGCGUUAUUUGCACAUUUGCCACCGUAGGACAAGCUUCAAUAUUCUAUACCAGUCAUACGAUUCCGGUUCCACGGUACCGAUCCUACUAUGAUUCCGUUGGAGAACAGAAACUAACCAAUAACCGGUACGAGGCGAGUGUCAUCGUGCAGGGAGACAUUCUAUUGACGAAACAAUGCGAAUGCAUUCCGCGCUACCAGUGUCGUUCCCCUCGAAACAUUGUCAAUUUGAAAACUCGCGACUGCCAUCACCAUGGAAAAGUGUGCUGCGAAAAUUAGAAGCGAAGAUGAGAUGAACGAAGUCUCUGACACGCGAACAUGACCACUCGGGACAAGCCAGACUAUCACAACACUAUACGGUGCAUGUGUUUCACAUCAGUCUCAUUUUUCCGCCGUAUUCAAGUGUUUAAUAGACGAUUAUGUCUAGUCGGCGUUCGUUCAAAUAAAUAUCCCGCUUCGCAUUAAUUGCAUUGAAUAACGAAAACAAAACAAACGAAAAUUAAUACGCUAUCACGAGAAGACUGUGCUGCAUUGUUUUAACCUAAAUAUUCCCAACAAAACGCGAAAGAAAACUGACCCGA